CUCCAUCAACGCCGUCCGCGUGAGCUGACACGGCGAAUUAUUUUCUACGCGGUGCAUUUCUCAGUUGCGUAGCGCGCAUCCGGAGGCCAAGAUGGCAUGGAGGAUGAAUUGGGCCCUGCUGAUAGCGAUAAUUAUUCCAACUAUCGGCGGCUCGAUCAUCGGCGAGGUCUUCGUGAAGAAAAAUAUGGCCUGGUACGAGUCGCUGAAAAAACCCAAGUACAAUCCACCGAAAUGGGCGUUCGCGUUCGUAUGGACCGCUCUCUACUGUGCGAUGGGCCACGCGUCCUACCUAGUGUGGCGGGACGGGGGUGGCUUCGAGGGGGCGGCUCUACCCCUCAGCGUUUAUGGCGUCAAUCUCGCCCUCAACUGGCUGUGGACGCCGCUCUUCUUCGGGAUGCACCAACUAAAAUGGAGUCUCUACGAAGUUGUGAUGUUGGACGCCAGCACGGCCGCGCUCGGGAUCGUGUUUUAUCCAGUCAAUUCCGUUGCUGGUUACAUCAUCAUUCCCUACUUCGUAUGGGUCUGUUACGCCACGCUGCUCAACUAUGCCAUUUACCGAAACAACAAAGAUCUCCCCGAGAAGAUCAAGAAUGACAACUAAAUGAGAUGGAGAACGUCGCCCGUAAACAUCCGCUGAGAAACUCAGCAUCUCGUGUCAGCGCAGAUGUACUUUGUAGAAUCAAGUUUUUGGUAUCUGAUUUGAGCGUACAUUGCGUGAAAAUAUCCCGACAGACAUUUGCCGAAAGAAAAUCGAAGAAAGCAAAGAGAAGUAUCGCUGCAAAAUUUUUCUAUCAAAAUCUAUCGCUUCUUUUUACUUAAUAUUAUUGUGUUAAAUAUUUUAUAGCGAAGUUUUUUUCAAUAUCAAAAAAGAUGGCGUGCGUACAAAUAAUUGAAAGACUUCGAUCAACUAUUUUUUUUCCUCGGCAUUUUCUUAGAGCGAGAAAGGGACAGAGAGCGCUCGUUUCUUGCUACUUCAUUUUUGUACAAUUAUUGUUGUCAGCUAUUCGCGAUCGUCCGACGAGAACACGCCUUCCAUUGAACGCACAACGCCGUUGGUAUACAGCUUUAUUGAUCGUUGUACGAAAUAAAGAUUAGUUGAUCAA